GAUGCUGAGUGCAUGCUGAGUUGUGUUCAGUGCUGUGUCGAUUAAUUGUAGGUCGAGUAAUCGGCUGUAUUGUGGAGUGAAAUUCCGGUAAGGAGACAAAGUGUGACUGCAGGGGUAAAAUACCUGAUAUUUCUUAGGUAACUCAAUGGAAGGCCAAAAGGACGCGCCUCCUCCUAAGCAGCAGCCGAUGAUAUACAUUUGUGGAGAAUGCCACACAGAAAAUGAAAUAAAAGCAAGAGAUCCAAUCAGGUGCAGAGAAUGUGGUUACAGAAUAAUGUACAAGAAAAGAACAAAACGAUUGGUUGUGUUUGAUGCUCGCUGAACUGCAUGAAAUUCUGUUACCUUUGGAUGACAUCUGCUUUACAUAUCACAUACACUGUUCCUUUGAAGAGCAAGGCAGUAUAUAUUUGUCUUAAUUAAAAAUGUAAAUAUUACAUGUUUUGUAAUAAAAAAUUUUUGUGAACAU